GCCGCCAUUGCGCCCAAGGAUGAGUUUUUCUAUAGCUUCCUGAAGCCUUGGUUAGGGGAUGGGCUUUUGAUCAGCAAAGGGAACAAAUGGAGCCGGCACCGCCGUCUGCUCACGCCUGCCUUCCACUUUGACAUCCUGAAGCCCUACAUGAAGAUUUUCAACCAGAGCGUGAACAUCAUGCACGCUAAAUGGCGGCGGCAUCUGGCAGAGGGCUCGGUGACCUCCUUUGACAUGUUCGAGCACGUCAGCCUCAUGACCCUGGACAGCCUUCAGAAAUGUGUGUUCAGUUACAGCAGUGACUGCCAGGAGAAAUUGAGCGAUUACAUCUCCUCCAUUAUUGAACUGAGCGCUCUGGUGGUGCGGCGCCAAUACCGCUUGCAUCACUAUCUGGAUUUCAUCUACUACCUCACUGCCGACGGGCGGCGCUUCCGCCAGGCCUGCGACACGGUGCACAACUUCACCACUGAAGUCAUACAGCAGCGGCGGCGGGCGCUGCGCGAGCUGGGUGCCGAGGCAUGGCUGAAGGCCAAGCAGGGCAAGACCUUGGACUUCAUAGACGUGCUGCUGCUGGCCAAGGAUGAAGAGGGGAAAGAAUUAUCUGACGAAGACAUCCGGGCUGAGGCAGAUACGUUCAUGUUUGAGGGUCAUGACACCACCUCUAGUGGGCUGUCGUGGGCGCUGUUCAACCUGGCGAAGUAUCCGGAGUACCAGGAGAAGUGCCGUGAAGAGAUCCAAGAAGUCAUGAAAGGCCGAGAGCUGGAAGAGCUGGACUGGGAUGACCUCACUCAGUUGCCCUUCACCACCAUGUGUAUCAAGGAGAGCCUUCGCCAGUUCCCGCCCGUGACCCUCAUCUCUCGUCGCUGCACAGAGGAUAUCAAGCUGCCGGACGGACGCAUCAUUCCCAAAGGAAUUAUCUGCUUGGUCAGCAUCUACGGGACCCACUACAACCCCUUAGUGUGGCCUGACUCUAAGGUAUACAAUCCGUACCGGUUUGACCCAGACAUUCCACAGCAGCGCUCCCCGCUGGCCUUUGUACCUUUCUCAGCAGGUCCCAGGAACUGCAUCGGGCAGAGCUUCGCCAUGGCAGAGAUGCGAGUGGUCGUGGCGCUGACACUGCUGCGCUUCCGCCUGAGCGUGGACCGAACCCGCAAGGUGCGGAGGAAGCCGGAGCUUAUUCUACGCACGGAGAACGGCCUUUGGCUCAACGUCGAGCCGCUACCCUCGCGGGCCGGAGUGCCCCGAGGCUCCACGGAACCUGAGGUUCAGGCUCCGCCCGCUCAGGCCUAGACCACGCCUCCAAAGGCCUGGAUCCGCCCCCAAGAUAUUGAGGACGUUGACUACGCUCCUCGAAAGCACUGGAGGACGAAGCUUUGUAGAGGAGCAGCUUGUUGGUGCUGACUUCGCCCCUCAGGACAAGACCCCAUCCUUGGGAUUUGGGUCAAAGUUCUGUCUUGAAUUACUCUCACCGGCCCUCAGCGUGUGGGCAUCAUGCUAGGCCCCGCCCCCUCGGGCAUGGGCUGCGGGGCCCCAGUUUAAAUCAGAUUACCCUGGCCCUGCGGAUUCCCAGGCCCGGCCCACAGAAACUUCCCCGGACCUAAGACUCACCGCUGGGGUUGUAUCCUCACUUUCCCACUGGCUAUGCCCAGGUUAGCUUCUAAACCGAGGAUUUAGAAGCUGGAGCCCGAGGCUGCAGUCCUGAAUCACAGCUCCAUGGAAGGACUGUUCAAGCUGAACCUCAGGACUUAGGCUGUUUGCUUUGUUGCCGUUUUUGUAAACCUAGACCCUUGCAAACCCCUUUCUCCUUGGUCGCGCCGUCCCUUUGCUGAGUUUUCUCAGGUUCAGGAGAGUAAGAGCAAGAGGAUCCACACACCUUCUGCCUCACCCUGUCCCAGAUGAGGAGACCAAGGUGGGGAGGCGGGCCUCUUGGCGGUCGGGACGCAACUGGGACAUAGUUGUUUGAUCUGGAACUAAACUCAGAUUUUUUUUUGGGACAAUUUGUGCGCUGUUUAUUUGGUCAAUAAUAAUUCAAUGUCUACUGGCAUGGGGCCAGGCAUAUAGCCUAGCCUAGUUCCUCCUUCUCAACAGAGAGGAGCAGAAGUUGAACAAUUAUACCUGUAAAUGAUCAUUUA